GUCUAAGAAAUGUUUACAACGGUACUAACAGUGCUGACACGAUAACACAAUGGGGCGACAGAACACCGUGGUUAUUGUACCAAGGAUUCUGGUCCAACACUGAGCCCAAUCGCAACUCGGGAGACUGUGUUUACAUUUCUGGAACUGGCGACCUGUUUCGUUGGUCACUGGGAACAUGCGAGGAGCAGAAGAGUUUUGUGUGUCAGUUUCCUGCUUGCUUCAAUGGAACAUUUCGUUGUUCAAACAAUAAAUGUGUGUCUUCACAAUCUGUGUGCAAUGGUCAGGAUGACUGCUCAGAUGGAUCUGAUGAGAUGAACUGUCCUUCAAGGUGUAACACAGUUCAGCAAGGUGCCUCAGGUGUUAUUGAUACUCAAUCAUCCUACGAGGCCAACACAAGCUGUUUAUGGCUGGUGGAAGGACCUAUUGGAACUAGCAUUAAAAUUACUUUCACAGAUUUUGAGACUGAACCGAAUGCUGACGUUGUCACAGUCUUAGGGAAAGGGAAACUUGAGAAAAAUUCCGUCACACUUGGCCAUCUUUCUGGAACCCAAAAUGUAACAAGUUUUUACAGUCCAAACAACCUGAUGAUCAUUAGAUUUACAUCAGACGGCCAGAGACAGCUGAGGGGAUUUAAAGCUAACUGGGAGGCAGUUACAGAAGAUAAAAGUAGUGUUAAGCUACUCUCAGAAGACUUCUUUCAGCCACUACACUCAUACCAGUAUCCUUCACCUUAUCUGGCAAAUCAAGAGAUUGUCUACAUCAUUUCCUCAAAAUACAACAGACAAGUCAUUCUGCUAAAGAUUUUAGACCUUGACCUCAUGAAUGGUGACUACAUCAAUGUGAGAGAUGGUGAAGUUGCAUCAAGCCCACUUCUGGCUCGCCUCGACUCAACCACGAGCCCAACCAAGCGUUACGUAUUUUCUACUGGCCCUCACAUGUAUCUUUUUUACAAAACAUCCCAGAAAAGUGGAAUAACUGGCAGAGGAUUUAACUUCACAUAUAAAACAGGUUGUUCUGUAACUCUCACUGAAGAAGAUGGAGAAAUUAUUUCCCCUGGGUAUCCCAAUGUUAACUACCCAAAUUACCAGAACUGUACUUGGCUGAUCAACACAUCCUCACAUAGGCCUGUAACACUCCAGUUUGAUCUGGCUCAGUUUGACAUCCACUCUUCAGAUCUGCUACAGGUGUUCUCAGAUGUAAACACCAGUUCAUCACAAGGGAAAAAUGUAACACAAAGCCAGUUCUCUCCCAAUGUCACAGAUAGUGAUGGACAACUCCUGGUCCGCUUCCAGACCAACGCCAUUAAUGCGGGGGUGUGUCCACCACUGACUAACUUGUCUAGUGACCUAAAGUGGACAUUAAAAUUGAAGAAUGGCACCAUGAUUGGCAGCAUGUACAACUUCACCUGCCAGGAAGGGUCUCAUUUAGUUGGCUCACCUUUGUUGGUGUGCUUGGAAAAUGGCACCUGGAGUAGUCCAGUCCCUAAAUGCUCACGUCAAGUGUGCAUCACUCCUGUAAUCCUGCAUGCACAUGUAAACAAGACCACCCUGCUGGCAGGUGAGGCGGUUGAGGUCAGGUGUGACGCAGGUUACCUGGUCAACUCCUCACUCAGUGCGUCCAUCAACAUCACCUGCUUCAGCAACUCAACGUUUGAUCGUGUACCUUCCUGUGUACUAGAUAGCACAUACAACCCAUGUGCUGGUGUUGUAUGUAACAGCACUGAGUUCUGUGUGAUGAGUAAUUCAACGUAUGAGUGUAAAUGUCGAGCUGGAUAUCACAGAGUUGGGCAGAGCUGUCAAGAUAUAAAUGAGUGUGUGGAACACAUAGAUUCAUGCAGCCAUAUUUGUGUGAACACAAUUGGAAGCUAUCAAUGUACUUGCCCGGAAGGAUUUUCAUUGUUUCUCUACAAUGGAUCUGGUGGAGUAUAUAUACUGCAAGGAGAAAAUGGAUUAAAACCAGGGGAUAUUUAUUACAUAAACCACACCUGUGUGCCCAAUGCAUGCCCAGAGCCAUCCAUUUCAAAUGGUUACAUCACGAAUCCACAGAGGCGUUACCUUGUGAAUGAUACAGUUACCAUUGGUUGUGACUUAGGCUACAUCCCAUCAGGGGGAAUGUACAAAACUGUGUGCUCAAGCUUUGGAAACUGGUCUUUAAAUCUCAACUGUACAGGAGAAGGAGCAAACUACACCACAGUGGGCUAUAAUACAAGUGUAAUUACUCAGUGUAAUUCUACAGACAAAAUUAGAACAUGUCUGUUUGAUCCUAGCAUCAUUGCUUACAGGAUGCAGGGAGUUAACUCCAGUUGUGAAAACAGUGUUGGUACUAUAACAUCAACCCUGACCUGUGGGCCCCCAGAGAUGUACCUACCCACUGGUGCUGUGGCCCUUUUCUGGACUGCACAGUCUCGGUUAGACAGGAAGUCUUUCAGGUUUGAGUGUGAAUUUCCUUACUUCCAGAGAGGAGGCCCUGUGGGAGCUACAGUCGUCUGCCAAGACAGUGGACUAUGGAAUUUAACCAAUCUAGACUGUGUUUAUGGAACUUGCCCUGACCUAAGGCGGCCGCCUGAUGCUCUAGUUUCUUAUGGGAACUACAGCUACAUGGAGGAGAGGGUUUUCAACUGCACCGGAGUUGGCUACACUCCCAAGCCAGAGGCAGGACUUAUAUGUCAGCAGGCAGAGGAUGGGUCAGGGUUAGAGUGGAACACCACUGCUCCAACAUGUGUAGACUCUGAGCCGCCUGUGUUUAACAACUGUCCAGCCUCACCUAUUGUGGUCAGUCGCUAUGCCAGCGCCUCGCUGUAUGCACCCUCUGCUGUGGAUAACUCCAAAUUGGUUAUGGAAAUUACCACAUUGCCGAAAUACUUUCUACCCAACCAGCCAAUCGCUAGAGACAUGAAUGUGACAUUUGUGGCCAGGGACGGAGAAAAUCUGACAUCCAGUUGCCAGGUUGUGCUACUAGUUAAAGAUGAAACCCCUCCUGUUGUGGAAUGCCCUUGUCCAGUUCUCUUAAGUGUCUCAGCGAGCACCAACGUAACGUACGUGUUCAACAGGUCUCUGGUCACUGCCACAGAUGAUACGGGGGUGGUGAACGUACAGUUCUCUGUGCCCAGCGUUACGGUCACCGUGAGGGACGUUGGGGUGCCAGUGGAUAUUACAGCCACAGCUUUUGACGCUGCAGGGAAUAAUGCCUCAUGCCUGUUUCAAGUCUUUACCACAAGCACCAACUGUUUCGAAUGUCUGAAAAACAUCUCGCAAGUGGUACCAUACGCCACCCCCAACUGCACAGGUAACUUUGUCUCCAGUACAGGCAUGACUCCCUGCUUUCAAUGUCAAGGCAACACCUACAAGGUCAACAGCACGCACUGUCUAGAAUGUCCACUCAACACACAGGUGGUCAAAAAUGAAUUCAACCCCAACUGUAAAAACUCCACCUGCAAAUGUGCACCCGAGUGUGACAAGGGACAGUACUCCGUAACUGGCUACAAACCCAUCUGUAAGGCUUGUCCUGCAGGUUAUACAAGCACAAAAGGGUCAAGGUUAUGCACAGAAUGUUUAUCCAAUCAAACCUCUGUGCCAGGCAGUGGAGAGUGCAUCUACAACACAUCCCUGUGUAAUCCCAGUCCUUGUGCAAAUAAUGGAUCCUGUGUUGUGGAGAACCACAGCUUUCAGUGCCAGUGUCCUUAUGGUACAACAGGGAGCAGGUGUGAGACCAACGUCAAUGAUUGCACCCCAGACAGCUGCAAUGGACGUGGCACCUGUGUGGAUCAACUGGGUUUGUUCAAGUGCUCAUGUGUUGAAGGUUUCAAUGGUUCAAGGUGUGAAAUUCGUGUGGGGAAGCCGUGUGAUAAGCUGGUAUGUGAUCCUGUUGGCACCAGCAGGUGUGAAAACCUCAAUGAAAUUUAUGCCAGAUGUGUCUGCAGAAGUGGUUACACUGGAGCUAAUUGUUCUCAAGUCGUUGACAUAGGUUGUGCCUCGGCGCCAUGUCACAACGGUGGCUCAUGUACAAGCUCAAAUGGCUCUUACACCUGCCACUGUCUCACUGGUUUCCAUGGUCUAGUUUGUCAGUUUGAAUAUACAACAGGACAGUCAGUAGUUGGCCAAGUGGUCAACAAUACAAAUCUAACAUACAGAGCAUGUCAACAGAUGUGUUUCAAUGCUCAGUUAGCUUGUGAUGGCUUCACGUUUGAACCUUCAGCCCAAGGCGCAGAUAGUGGUAUCUGCAAGAUCUAUUCUCGUAUCGACAGUGUUGUCAAUCAGACUAAUGGAAUCAUCUUGGGGAAUUCGGCUUGUUCUGCUAAUUCAGAGGACUCGUUCUUCUCUCCAUGGAUGACUCCAAGGAAAAUUGAAAAUGGUGUCAAUGUGACUCUCCACAACAUCACAUCACAGUUUGAAGAGGUCAUCUGCCAUGGGACACAACCCUUGGAUGCUAAAUGCAGAUUAAAAAACAAUGCAACUGUCCAGCUUCCUGCUGGUGUAUCAUGUAACUUUGAUGGGGUCAAGUGUACACCUAGCAGCCUUACAAAUUGCAGUGACAUUGAGAUGCGCUUUUUAUGUGCAAGGAGUAGAGUGUUUGCUAACAAGAAGUGUGUAGCCUUGGAUGUGUGUGGAACCAGUAGACCGUGUCGCAAUGGAACGUGUAAAAAUGAUCCAACGCGGGACGCUGGCUACCUGUGUGAGUGCCUACCUGGAUAUGAAGGUGCUCAGUGUCAGCAUGACAUAGAUGAGUGCCAGAAGGGAGGUGCGCAGACAUGUCUUAAUGGAGCUACCUGUGUCGAUGGGUUCUUGAACACCACCUGUAUUUGUGCACCUGGCUUUACAGGAGUGCGAUGUGAAUUAAACAUAGAUGACUGCCUGCGUGCAAGCUGUAACACAACAGGGGGCAACUGUGUGGAUGGGGUGAACCAGUACACCUGUGUGUGUAAGCCAGGCUACACUGGUCUGAUGUGUCAGACUCCUGUGGAUGACUGCCUCUCUCAGCCUUGCCACAAUGGCAAUUGCACUGAUGCCACAAAUGGGUUUGUGUGUGAGUGUUCCCCAGGUUGGACUGGAAUCCAGUGUGACACCCUGAUAGACUUGUGUUCACCAUCUCAGCCUUGUGGUACUGGUGCUGAGUGCUUUAACUUAAUUAAUGAUUUUUACUGCAACUGCCCAUCUCAAACCUAUGGAAAAACUUGUCAAAACGCCUGCAGCUACCCAAACUCAUGCUUUGAUGCUUGUCCCUCUUCCAGCAACAACUGCUCCUGUCUCUUAGGCACAAAUUCCAGUGGAUGUCCUCUCAGCAAUUUGUGUAACAAUAAAACUUGUUACAAUGGUGGAACCUGUAGGGUUAACCAGACUUUGGCGCCUGUCUGUGAUUGUGUCAGUGAAUUUACUGGUGAGAACUGUGAGAAUCACGUCAAUAACUGUGUAAACAAAGCCUGCCCUGCCACGUCUGUGUGUAUUGAUGGCUCUGGAACAGCUUUCUGUAGAUGUCCUCUGGGUAAAACAGGAACAGGUUGCACUGAAGAUGCCAGUGAUGACUUUGACAUUUGUCUACGACCAUCUUUGGACAUUACUGGUGCCAGCCUCCACUUCCCUGUCCUCACUAGCUCAAGCUUCACCAUCAAACUCUGGGUCAAGUACACCCUGCCAGGAUCUACAGGAGCUUUUUUUACGCUCCUCAAAGCCAGGAGUCAGUAUGUGACUGAUGUUACAGGUGUUGUGUUUGCACUGGACAAUGCAGGUUUAACACUCAAUGGCUCAAGUUUUUUGGCCUAUGGCAAUGUGUUAGUUAAUGAUGGCCACUGGCAUCACAUAGUGGCCACCUGGGACAAGGCCACCUCGCAGGUUAACUUGGCCGUUGAUUUUGUCAAGAGAAACUCUUCCACUGUUACCUCCUGGUCUAGUUUAGAGUGGUCACUUCCUGUUAUUGGUAGAGAUGAAACAAGUGUCAGAGUUCAGACAGAGUUUGUAGGCUGUGUAUCACAGCUAGACAUGCUGAACUAUAACCUCAACAUGGACACUGACCUGAAGAUGUUGGAGGGGAAUCUCAACAAAAUUCCAGGGAAUAUUUCGAGAUGGGGAGAACUCAGUGCGUAUGGCAACUUUGAUCUGAAUCAUCCAUCUUUGGUAAAUGUGACCACGUGUUCAUCUUGCAGCUCUGUCAAAGAUCUGCUUUCUGUACUGUUCUGUCCACCGAACAUUCAGCAGAAUACAACUCAGGAUGUGGUCCCUGUCUACUGGGGAGUUCCUACAUUUUUAAAUUAUGUGAAUGUUACAUCCAGCCAUACACCAGGAGCAAACUUCUCUCUUGGACAACACACAGUGAGCUAUGUAGGCAGGGAUAAGACAGGCAAUGCUGUGGUCUGCACAUUCUCUGUUUAUGUAAAUAGUGAGUUCUGUCCAAAACUCCCUAACCCACGAGGUGCAGGUAACCAAACUUGUGCAUCUGCCAACUCGUUCUCCUACUGCACACUCACCUGCCCAGCCCAGUUACCUGUCCAGAAACCUGCACUAAUUAAGGAAACCCCUGGAUACUUCACCUGUGGGCCUGAUGGGGACUGGGUCACUCUCACAGAUGGCCUGUAUCCAGCAUGUGGUAGAGUUGAAGGUGAAUCUAAAGUCAAUGUAGAGCUAAUGUUGACCUACACAAAUAGCUCUCUAUGUCGGUUGGCAAUUCAAGUUCAAGCUGUCAAAAAGAAAAUUCAGAAUCAAAUCAAACUGCUUCAGCAAACAUGGGGACCAGUGCUUUGUGUCACAACUGACUGUUCAGAUGUCCAGGUAGCUUGCACCUCAUCAGUAAAUAAAUCAAGUGUCAAUGUCAUUAUAGCUAACCUCAGUGCCAAUGUACAGAAUGGCACUAAAACUAUUUCCAUUGGAGACAUUUUCCAAGUUGCAGCAUUGGAUGAUAACAUGUUUAGCCUAGAGGACAUUAGCUCUAAUAAUUUGAACAAAGAUGAUUUUGUUGUCAACAUAAAACCUAUAUGUCCAGUUGGCCAAGUGGUCAGAUACGGCAGCUGCGUUUCAUGUGGUCCUGGCACUUACUACAACAGCACUCUUGAGACCUGUGAGAAUUGCCCCAUUGGCCAGUAUUCUGAAAGCUAUGGCCAGAUUUUGUGUACUGUGUGUCCACCAGGGUCAACCACAUAUAAGAAAGGAAGUGACUUGUCAAGUCUCUGUAUAAGUAUAUGUCCAUCAGGUCAGCAGUGGAACAAUAGCACCAAAGUUUGUGAAGGUUGUCAGAAAGGUUUCUAUAGGAAUUCUUCCGUACAAAAUGUGUGUGAAAAAUGUCCAACUAAUUCAACAACAGUCAGCAUCAACUCUACUUCAGUAAUUGACUGCUCAGUUGGUAUAUGUCCAUCUGGUCAGCAGUGGAACAAUAGCAUCAACGUUUGUGAAGGUUGUCAGAAAGGUUUCUAUAGGAAUUCUUCUUUACAAAAUGUGUGUGAAAAAUGUCCAACUUAUUCAACAACAGUCAGCGUCAACUCUACUUCAGUAACUGACUGCUCGGUUGGUAUGUGUCCAUCUGGUCAGCAGUGGAACAAUAGCAUCAACGUUUGUGAAGGUUGUCAGAAAGGUUUCUAUAGGAAUUCUUCUUUACAAAAUGUGUGUGAAAAAUGUCCAACUAAUUCAACAACAGUCAGCGUCAACUCUACUUCAGUAACUGACUGCUCGGUUGGUAUAUGUCCAUCUGGUCAGCAGUGGAACAAUAGCAUCAACGUUUGUGAAGGUUGUCAGAAAGGUUUCUAUAGGAAUUCUUCUUUACAAAAUGUGUGUGAAAAAUGUCCAACUAAUUCAACAACAGUCAGCGUCAACUCUACUUCAGUAACUGACUGCUCGGUUGGUAUAUGUCCAUCUGGUCAGCAGUGGAACAAUAGCAUCAACGUUUGUGAAGGUUGUCAGAAAGGUUUCUAUAGGAAUUCUUCUUUACAAAAUGUGUGUGAAAAAUGUCCAACUAAUUCAACAACAGUCAGUGUCAACUCUACUUCAGUAACUGACUGCUCGGUUGGUAUAUGUCCAUCUGGUCAGCAGUGGAACAAUAGCAUCAACGUUUGUGAAGGUUGUCAGAAAGGUUUCUAUAGGAAUUCUUCUUUACAAAAUGUGUGUGAAAAAUGUCCAACUAAUUCAACAACAGUCAGCGUCAACUCUACUUCAGUAACUGACUGCUCGGUUGGUAUAUGUCCAUCUGGCCAGCAGUGGAACAAUAGCACCAAAGUUUGUGAAGGGUGUGAGAAAGGUUUCUAUAGGAAUUCUUCCUUACAAAAUGUUUGUGAAAAAUGUCCAACUAAUUCAACAACAGUCAGUGUCAACUCUACUUCAGUAACUGACUGCUCAGUUGGUAUAUGUCCAUCUGGCCAGCAGUGGAACAAUACCACCAAAGUUUGUGAAGGUUGUCAGAAAGGUUUCUAUAGGAAUUCUUCCUUACAAAAUGUGUGUGAAAAAUGUCCAACUAAUUCAACAACAGUCAGCAUCAACUCUACUUCAGUAACUGACUGCUCAGUUGGUAUAUGUCCAUCUGGCCAGCAGUGGAACAAUACCACCAAAGUUUGUGAAGGGUGUCAGAAAGGUUUCUAUAGGAAUUCUUCCUUACAAAAUGUGUGUGAAAAAUGCCCAGAUAAUUUGACUACAGUCAGCAUCAACUCGACUUCACUAAAUGACUGUUCUUUGGCUAUUUGUAAUGCUGGUAACUACUGGAACUCAUCCCAAAACUCAUGUCUGCCUUGUGGGAUUGGUUUCUAUCAAGAUGUAAGCGGGCAGUCGUCUUGUAAGACAUGUCCAGUUGGGCAGACAACACUAAUGGCAGCGUCAACGUCAUGCUUUGUGAACUGCCCUGCAGGUCUGAAAUGGAAUGAGACUGCGGACUUGUGUGUGGAUUGUGGGAAAGGAUUUUUUAGAGGCCCGUCCUCCGCCAACACCUGUGUGCCCUGUCCAGCAGGCUACACAACAUCCAGUGCCCAGUCCAACUCUUCAGCUGACUGUACUGUUGCAACAGCUGCUAAUGAGGACAUGUACAAAGUGAUAGUUGGCUCUGUCGUGGGUGUCAUUGGCUCUCUGUUGUUCUUUGUGGCCUUGGGUCUGUGUAUUGCUGCCAUUAUUUAUAGAAGGAAAAAACAAAAGAGCGCUCCUGUGGAGGACUACAGCAGUACCAUCGGCUCCUCCAUCCCCAGCGGUUUCUUCCCCAACCUCGUGACACGGGCCAACACACGGGACAUCCCCAGGGCUCAUCUGUCCCCUGACCCAGCCUUCUACAAGUCCAAGCCUGCUAACGAGGCUGGGCUUGAAGCGGAUGUUAAUUAUUCUUAUUUCAGUUACCAAAAUGGCAAUCUGGCACAAGAGGCGUAGCGACCCUUCCCGGCACCCAGGGACAAGCUUUCAACUUGGCGCCCCCUCGGGAACGACUUUUCAAUUUGCACCCCACCCUCAAACUUUCAAUUUGCACUCCCCCAUAUAUUUUUUAUAUUUAUAAUGCAAAACUGCAGCUAAAAUGAGAUUUUAAUUUGUUUUUCCAACCCGGGGACAUAUGUACCCCGCCCUCCGCUCCCCCUUGCUACGCCUCUGUCUGGCACUUUGAUACAGCAAAAUUGUCUUCAUUAGCAUCCUGUUGGUGGUAGCAAAAUAGUUUUGUAAUGUGUACGGUGCUUUUGUCUUAUGUGUACGGUGGUUUUGUCUUAAGUGUAUGGUGCGUUUGUCUUAUGUGUAUGGUGCUUUUGUCUUAUGUGUAUUGUGCUUUUGUCUUAUGUGUAUGGUGCUUUUGUCUUAUGUGUAUGGAGCGUUUGUGUUAUGUGUACGGUGCUUUUGUCUUAUGUGUAUGGGGCGUUUGUCUUAUGUGUACGGUGCUUUUGUCUUAUGUGUACGGUGCUUUUGUCUGAUGUGUUCGAUGUUUUUGUCUUAUGUGUACAGUGCUUUGUCUUAUGUGUAUGGUGCUUUUGUCUUAUGUGUAUGGUGCGUUUGUCUUAUGUGUGCUUUGCAUUUGUCUUAUGUAUUCGGUGCUUUUGUCUUAUGUGUAUGGUGCUUUUGUUUAGAACAUGCUAGUGUGUUCUAGAUUACUCUUUGGCAGUUUAGAAAGUUUAAAGAGUUAAAAAAUGUUUUUAUCUUAUUCUCAUUUGUCUGUUUCAAAUAAUUAUGCGUGCCUUCUAUAAACAUAUAUUUUAAAAUCUUGAUAUUUUCAUUGUGUUCACAUUGUAUUAAUUGAAUAUUCAACUGGUUGAAAAUUUCAAUUGUCACAAAAGAUUUGCAUCAUGUCUGACUAUUAAAAUCAUGACAUAAGAUUUGCAUCAGGAGGGAAGAUUGAAGUUUAAAUCUUUAUUUCAGGCAUGUUGUUAUAGUGCUGGCAACCCCCCCCCCCCCCCAUGCACAUCUAAUUCUCCAAAUGAAAAAAAUAUAUAAAUAAUUGAUAUAGAAAAUAUACAGGCAAACUUUAAUUAGUGUCCUCCUCAACCUCAAAGAAAUGUCUGAAAGAAACCUUGAACAAGAUUGAUAUCAUGGCUAAAAAGUUUCACCUCCCUACCCUGCAGAUAGUUUUGUUUAUAAUUAAAAUACUGACAUAAGAUUUACAUCAUUCAUGACAUAAGAUUUACUUAUGCUGAUUCCAUGCUAACGAUUUUGAUUAGGUAAGAUUGUCUGGCUCUUGUAUAUACAAAUAUUUUAUACAAUUUAUAUGUAUAUGUUACCUUGCUGUAAUGGUACUCUGGUUGUGGUAUAUCGAUUUUACAAGUUAAAUUAUUGAAUGAAAUUUAUGUUAUAAUUUAACAUCAAUACAAAACUAUUUUUUAUUCAUUUUCAAUUGUUGUAUGUGAUAUAGAUCUAUAUUUGAUAUAAAACUGACAAAUGAAACCAUGUUUUUAUAUAUUUUCUUAAGCAUUGUUUUAUACCUUUCAU